GUGUCCCGCCGCCCCAUGUCCCGGCUGCUGUCUGCCCCGCGGGCCGCCUCGGGCGCCCCGGUCCGGCCCGCCACCGUGCUGGGCGCCAUGGGGAUGGGGGACAGCUUGGACGCAGCCGCCAGCGCCGCGGCCGUGCGCGCCUUCCUGGAGCGCGGACACACCGAGAUAGACACGGCCUUCUUUUACACCGGCGGCCAGUCCGAGAGCAUCCUGGGCGGCCUGGGGCUCGGGCUGGGCGGCGGCGACUGCAGAGUGAAAAUCGCCACCAAGGCCAAUCCAUUGGGUGAAAAUUCACUGAAGCCUGAGAGUCUCCGGUUCCAGCUGGAGACGUCACUGAAGCGGCUGCAGUGUCCCCGGGUGGACCUCUUCUACCUACACGUGCCAGAUCACAACACCCCCAUAGAGGAUACGCUGCGUGCCUGCCACCAGCUGCACCAGGAGGGCAAGUUUGUGGAGCUGGGCCUCUCCAACUAUGCCUCCUGGGAGGUGGCCAAUAUCUGUACCCUCUGCAAGAGCAAUGGCUGGAUCCUGCCCACCGUGUACCAGGGCGUGUACAACAUCAUCUCCCGGCAGGUGGAAACGGAGCUCUUCCCCUGCCUCAGGCACUUUGGAUUGAGGUUCUACGCCUACAGCCCUCUGGCUGGGGGCCUGCUGACCGGCAAGUACAAGUAUGAGGAUGAGGACGAGAAACAACCUGUGGGCCGCUUCUUUGGGCAUGUCUGGGCUGAGUUCCUCAGGAAUCUCUACUGGAAGGAGGACCACUUCAAGGCCAUCGCCCUGGUGGAGAAGGCCCUGCAGGCUGCCUAUGGGACCAGUGCCCCCAGCAUGACCUCGGCCGUCCUCAGGUGGAUGUACCACCACUCCCAGCUGCAGGGUGCCCACGGAGACGCGGUCAUCCUGGGCGUGUCCAGCCUGGAGCAGCUGUCACAGAACUUGGCAGUGGCUGAGGAAGGGCCCCUGGAGCCGGCCGUCGUGGAGGCCUUUGAUCAAGCCUGGCACCUGGUUGCCCACAAAUGUUCCAACUACUUCUACUAG